CUGCCGCGCAGGCCCAUGGCCGCAGCCCUGGCGCUGGUGGCGGGGAUCCUGGCGGGGAUCCUGGCGGGGGUCCUGGCGGAGGCGGGGCUGCCGCGCUGGAGCGCGCUUCCGCACUUUAAAAAGAGUAUCACAGACAGAUGCUUCCACCACUCUGAGUGCUUCAGUGGCUGCUGCCUCCUGGACUUGGAUUCGGGUGGAGCCUUCUGUGCCCCCAGGGCCAGAAGAACCAUGAUCUGCUUGCCCCAGACCAAGGGAGCCGUCAACAUCAUCUGCCCUUGCCGAGUGGGCUUGACGUGCAUAUCUGAGGACUUGAUGUGUUCCCGCCGGUGCCAUAUCAUUUAGAGGAAGAUGCAGGCUGGUCACUGCUCCUUUGGGGCCAGAGGCCCUGGGCACCACCAACUUGCUCCAAAUCCAGCUCCUGAGACAUUAAAGUCAUUUCCUG